UCCCUGUCACCCGUGAGUGUGUGUGUGUGUGUGUGUAUAUAUAUAGAGAGACACACAAACCAAAGAGCUACAAGAAGUCACAAGAACAACGAACCCAUCUACCUCUCUCUCUCUCUCUCUCUCUCUCUCUCUCUCUCAUGGCGACGGAAUCAGAGGUGGCUCCGACUGCGGCGGGUGUCGGAAUAUUGGGCAUCGCUUGGGCCUUCGGGGGCAUGAUCUUUGUCCUCGUCUAUUGCACCGCCGGUAUCUCUGGGGGUCACAUAAAUCCGGCGGUGACGGUGGGACUGUUACUGGCUCGGAAGGUGUCGAUGGUGAGAGCAGUUUUUUACGUUUUGGCUCAGUGCCUCGGCGCCAUCUGCGGCUGUGCCCUCGUCAUGUCCUUUCAGACACCUCUCUACCACAGAUACGGAGGUGGGGCCAACGAGCUCGCCGAGGGCUACAGCAAGGCCACCGGUCUCGGCGCUGAGAUCAUCGGAACUUUCGUCCUCGUCUACACCGUCUUCUCCGCCACCGAUCCCAAGCGAAAUGCACGUGACUCUCACGUUCCGAUAUUGGCGCCGCUUCCGAUAGGAUUCGCAGUGUUUAUGGUCCAUUUAGCGACGAUUCCGAUCACCGGCACCGGAAUCAACCCUGCCCGGAGCUUAGGAGCCGCCGUCAUCUAUAACCACCACAAGGCUUGGGACGACCUCUGGAUUUUCUGGGUGGGACCCAUGAUCGGAGCGGCGGCGGCCGCGUUUUACCAUCAGUUUAUUCGUAGAGCGGCUGCGUUUAAGGCUUUUGGAUCAUUCAGGAGCUCUGUUUAG